AUGCACGACACAUCACUCAAAGAUCACUUGGAUGCCGAGAGAGCUAUCAAGAAGAAUGAGUUGAACACUUCCACCUUUGAUGUGGUUCGUGUUGACGAUUUUUACAAUCACAACUGCUCAACUAUGUUUUGGUAUUUUUAUAUGUGGAUUCUCGUGUUUUUAGCAUUUAUUUUAUUGGCAGUUGAUAUCUACUCAUGUCUCAAUAUUCUUGUAUUUCACAGAUGGGCAACUGCUGACUACAAACCAUAUGCUUAUUCGGUAGCCAAGUGGAUCUUCACUGGCUGUAUCAUAUUUGAAUUUGUCUUGUUGAUUUAUUGUUGGAUUUGGGCAAUUCACAUUUAUCGCACCAAAAAUAUUGCCAUGGUAUACUUGAACUCCAUUUGCAAGAAACUUUACUCAAUAAAGUCGUUUUCGUACUUUUGCUUGAUGAAUAGCAUAGAUGAAGGGAAAUUUUAUGACUUGUGCUGCUUCAAUACCUAUUAUGAAAUACAAAAUGCACCACAGAUUCUUAUUGCAGACACACCGAGACAAGUCAUCAACAUUCUCACGCUAAGGUACUACGCCACUGGCGGAGAACUAAACAACGAUAUACUAAGUAAUAUCAGAAGCAUUGCAAAGACAAAUUUACGUCUUUCCAUAAUCUUGAGCUUCAUGUGCUUGUCGGUUUUCAUUUACGCCAUUUUCUUUAUCAAAUUCACCUUUGGCAUGCUACUGUACAUUCCAUUGAAGUUUUCAUUGAGCAGUGAUGGUUUCAAGAGUUUCAAAAGUUAUUGCAGCUACUUGGUCAGUAAAUCGGUAUCAGAUGCUGUUAACAAGCAUCACAGACCAAAGAAGGAAUUGAGAGAAGAGGGAUUACUUUCCGAAGCUGCAAUUUCAGAGCUUCCUCAAAUUGAUAAUGACUACCCAUCUGAUUACAAAGGAUAUACUAGAGUGUACUAUGGAAGGUCGGAUUCAGAAGAAAGCAUACCCAUGAAGCAUUUAAACUAUAACGGAGGAAGAUUGUAUGGUGAGUUGAAGCCAGAUUUGCACCAACAGCCAUCAUUUGACCAGUUGCAGCAAUCAGAGCAAAUGUUUUCCACGUUGAACAGCGCCAACAAUACGCCCUUCAGCAAGAGACUAAGCACGCUACGAGACAAGAACAAAAACAAAAUAUUUCAACAGCCUCAAGUUGCUAAAAGUGCUAGUAGUCUCAUAGAUUUGCAACCACAGCCACGAUACGAAAGUCUUGGAAGAGGUGGAGGGGAAACACAAACAAGCACAAUCUCAGGUGGUCUUCCAAACUACAAGCAAAGACUGAGAUCCGACAAUAAACUGCUACUGGGAAACGAUUUGCUUUACAAUACGCAGAGAAUGCCUAGCUAUCCAACAAGGUCUUACACUGCUGACAACUCAUACGAUCCUGGCAUUACCAACGAAAUGAAUUCACAAAUAGACUUGAUCACCUCAGAUCCAAUUCGCGACCACUUCAAUGCGGAACCACACCCCAAAGCAACAACAAUUCCGUUGCCUUUAGACACACAACUCACCGAAUCACAACAAAUGCAUAUAUCUCAUCAAAGGAGACCAAUUGAGAGGUCUCAUACAGAGGACUCUCAAGAUCCAUUUUCCGAUACAGGCGACGACAAGUUUGUCUUUGAACAGCCAGCCGCUCCAGAAGCCGAAGCUGAACACAGCUCGCCAAAAUCACUGAAUUCAGGUACAGUAGAUGAUAUAUUGGACUCUUACGAGUCAAACAACUCGGCUCCGUACCCUGUAAGAGGCGUCUCAAAGUACUUUGAAUAG